AUGACAACUCCAAGAAAUGACUAUAAUCCUCCCACUCCUGAACUAGCAGUAACCCGCUCGCAAAAGAGUGCUCAAGGCUACUACUCUGCUACUAAUGGUUCUAGUACUGCCGCUAACACCCCCGAGAUGUCCUCAACUAGCUCUAGAGCGACCCCGUUGGCAGCUGGGAAUAACACUAUGAUGGCUCCCACAGUGGCCUCUGGCAUUACGAGUAUACCCGAGUUUGGUACGUCCGUUGGUGUAGUAAGGCACCAGUCUAACGCUAUGUUACAUCAUGACCGUCAGCAACAGGCAAUGGCAAUGCAUCAGGCGGCGGCAGUUGCGGCAUCCCUUGGUGGUGGUAACGGGAAGCAGUUACAGCAGCAAGACUUUGGGGUGUUGGCGCAGCAAGGUGGUGGAAUGCAGAAUUUCAUGGUUGGCAUGAGGGACUAUACAGCAGGGGACAAUAUUGGUCGCCCUAAUAUGAACAACAUUAGCAAUGCGCUCAAUCCUAAUGUAACGGAGAGAAAGCUUUUCAUUGGUGGCUUGCCGAGUUUGGUAGACCGACAAACUUUGUGGAACUAUUUCAGCCAGUUUGGUCCAUUGGAGGAGAGCGUGGUGAUGAUGGAUAAGCUCACAGGCCGCAGUCGCGGUUUUGGGUUCAUCACUUUUGUCAAUGUGAAAGACCUGGAAUCGUGUUUAUCGUAUCCCAACUCGCACAUAUUACUGGACAAGACGGUUGAUGUAAAACGAGCCGUGUCGCAGGAGGAAAUACGAGCGCAGGCGGCUCUACGGCAGCCGGUGAAUCCUGGCGUUAAUUCGGUUGUGGGGGUGAUGCAGCAUAUGAUGCCUGGUGGAGGAGGAGGUGUUGGCCAGACCCCUAUGGGAGGGUUCGGACCCAUUGGGGCGGCUGGACUCGGCAAUGGUGGUCUGCUGCCGCAGGAUAACCCAUGUAAAGUCUUCUGUGGAGGGCUGCCUGCAACGGUCGAUCGGGAAAGGCUCAGGCAGCACUUCGUGAGAUAUGGAGUCAUCACUGAUUGCAUCGUCAAAGUUGAUCGCACCAGUGGUCGCUCUCGUGGUUUUGGGUAUGUAACUUUCCAGACGCCAGCUGAGGCCCAGGCGGCUAUACAGGGUGGCAUGGACGGCCAAGGCAAUACCAUUGACGGCAAAUGGGUUGAGGUGAAGCCUUCUACUAGGGAAGGUACUGGUCCUAGUAAAUUCAUGCAGGGGGGGAUAGUGCGGCAAUAUAUGCCCGGAAGUGGUCGGGGUACCGGAGGAUGGGGUAUGGCAACUGCUCCUCCACCACCACCACAACAGCAGCAGCAGCACUAUAUGGCAAACACGCACUAUGGUAAUGCUUACGGCAUGCAGGGCUCUGCUGCUGCUGCUGGUGGUGGUCAUAAUCUUCAUCAUCAUCAAUCACCUCUUACUGGGUACGGCUCUAACAACGGGCUUAACCAGGGGAAUGGUAGCGUUGGGACUGGCAAUAAUGCUUAUACCAACAACAGUCCAGUGGUUCAACAACAGAACAGCGGGUACGUUCCACCUGGUGGAGUGAUGUCCCCUGCUCAUGGCUAUCAUCAUCUACUACAGAAUCAACAGCAGCAGAGGUCAAUGGGGCAUCCCGCUGUAUAUCAGCAUCAACAACAACAGCAAGGGUCUGCGCCACAGCUUUACACUCCCCAGGGUGCCGGGUUUUCUGGGACGGAUUCUAUGACGGGGACUAAUGGAAGUGACCUGAGCUCGACUGCUACUAACGGCAAUAGCCCGCUACAGUAAUCGAGAUGAUAAUCAAGACCACACUCUGGGUAGAAGGAUGUAGUCUGGCUUAUUCUCAACUAUUGAUUUCGAACUAUCAUUAUUAUCAUCAUCUGUAUCUUCCUCGUGUGGACCCAUGGUUUGCUAUGUGUCUGUACUCGCCGCCGUAAUGUAGGAAGUGCGGGCGGCAUGCCUCGUUAGUAGCUCGUUAGCUUAUCGAGGUUCGAUGAUGUUGUGAUUCAUCAUUGUGUUGGAGAGUGCUCUCCAUUGACUUUAUGACAAUCUUGAUAUCGGUUUGUGCUACCGAUAGGAUUUUGAUUUUUGCUAAGUAGUUGUAGUUGUAUCGCUGGUGCUCGUCACAAAUCAGUGAUAGCAUCAUCGGUCUUCCGUUUCGUUGCCUGUGUGGGGAGUAAUGAUUGAUCGUUAUUUAUUGCUAUUCGAGUGCUGUAGGAGGUAGUAGUAUUU